CAUGACAGCCGCAGAGAGAAACUUCGACUCAGCGAGCUUAGCGAGUUAUUAUAUAUGUUUUCAUACGUUUAAUUUUUUACAAAUUGGGCUACUUUACAUGUAUUUUAGAGACAUUUGGCUAUUGUGACAUUGGUUUGGACUGAAAAAGUUUAGCGAGAAAGUGAUAAAAAGGGGCAAAAAGACACAAAGGCUAGCGAACAGGUCCAGCUUUGUUAAGCCCAGAGAAGUUUUCCAGCCAGCUGUUGUACUUUAUUCGACACAGUCCGGGCUGAAAUAUUUACCAUACACUUUAAUAGGCAAGUAAAGUCGAUAAGAAAAGUUUCAGUUCAUUUUGGAAACCUUGUUUUGUUCGCUGCCAGGCUAGUGCUCUAUAGUAACCGUUACCUGGUCACUACGGGACGGUAGAGACGAUGCUUAGCAACGGUGGUGGCGAGCGCGGCGUACCCGGCCUCCCACCUCUGAGAGCGGCCGGGCCGGUAGAGCUGCGCAGGAGGAGCCGGCCGGAGCCGAGAAACGGAGCUCCAGCUGAGAAGACCACAGUGAGGGUGCGACACCAGACCCAGACAGAGAUCCGACGAACGACCUCUUUAGACACGAUUUUGGGACCAUACCUGCAAGGCCAGUGGCCCAGAGAAGGGGAAAGACGGGGGCAAAGUGGACACCACCAAAAAGAUGAGUUCACACAGACUUCAAAUUGGCUGGAUGAAGACGAGCUAAGCGAUGCUGGAGGUCACAAACGCUCUGCGUCAUGGGGAAAUGGAGACCGUUUACGAGAUAUUGCCAAACUGAAGCAGCAGUUGCAACACAGGCCCAAACCGAGAGUCUAUGGGGGCAUCCAUGAAAGACUCCACCACCCUACUUGGACAUAUACCCAGUCCCAGCCUGUGCCCAUCCCGCUGACAUCUUUGACUCAUCUGCCCUCUCCUAUGCGGCAGAGUGAGGAGAGACUGGACCAAGAACUAGAGAGAGCCUUCAGACGUCAGUCGCCCAGUCAGCACAGCAAGCUGCUAGAAAUCCCUGAUGGCCGCAGAGCUCCUGUUCCCUCUCUUAGCUCCUGCAGCAGCUCUCAGAGCGAGCCUUCCUCCAUCACACCACACCCCUCCACAUCCUCAUCCUCUUCUCCCUGUGCCUCUCCACAGUGCCUAUCAGAUCUGGACACUGAUUUGUCUGGCAGCGUUCUUCCAUCUUGCCCUUCGCCUCUGCUGAGUGGUGACGCUGAUGCCUCUGUCCUCCUGUCCUCCUCACCUCGUCCCAACAAGAGCUACUGUUUUCAGAGGGAGCCACCGGAGGGCUGUGAGAGAAUCAGAGUGUGUGAGGAGAACAUCUCACCAUAUAAGGACCAGCCCAAUCUCUCGUUCUGCCCUGAUCCUAACAAGGUGAACUUCACUCCCCAUGGAGGCUCUGCCUUCUGUCCUGUCAGUCUGCUGAAGCCCCUCCUACCCUCUGUGGACUUCCUGUUUCGGAGCCUGUCUGUGUCUCCGGGGUCCUGCUGGGUGGGACAGGGUGGAGCCUGCCAGCCCCCGAGUCCUGCGGUAACAAUGAGUGGGUACAUGGGCCCCCUAGAGCCAGCAACCACAGCAAUGUAAGAAUAAGUGAAGGAAAAGAGCAAACGUCUUUUCAUUCUCUCUUAAAAUGCUCCAAAGACUCUGAAACCCACCAGCAACCUUAUUUUUCCAGACUUUUUUUCUCUCAGUGGAUUAUAUGCGGAGAAGAAAGUUUUUUGGUUUUGUUUUGCUUUUUGAGAGAGAAGAAAUGUCUGAGGAGGAAAAGAAGAGAGGAAGAACUGAACCUGUUUUUUUUGUUUUUUGGGAGGGUGGUGGGGUGUUGACCAGUUGUCUGUAAAUGCUUGAUGGUCAACUUCUGAGCGUUCAACCCCUGACCAGACAGCAGCGGAAGCAGUUAAGCAGAGAUUACAGUGCAAAAGGAGGAUGACCGAUUUGUGUCUUACACCUUCAUACGUUUUGCCUGUUCACCUGCACAAGAGACAUUUUGUCUUACACUUUUAGGGAAUGGAUGGAAAGAUGAUGAUUUGACUUGUGCUUUAAGUGCAAUUGUAGCUGAAAUGAUCACCCUGAUAUGAAAGGCAAAGGGGGAAAGUUUGAUUACCAUCUUUUGGCCUUUUUUUAAUCUGCGACAUUGAGGAAAUGGAGUUUUGGGUUGUAGAUAAUCAGAAUGCCCGAACUGUGACCUCCUUGUCCUUUCAGAAAGACAGUUAGGCCUCUUUUGAUGAUUCUGUGCUGGAGAAAUGCUUGAAAUAUGCUGAAUGUAAGUUAUAAAUCACAUUUAUUUCGUGUAGUAUAGUUGUUAAGAAGUAAUUAGGUGAUUAUAAGGGAAUUGCAGAUGGUAGUUCAUUAUAAAUGGAUCUAGGAGCAGAAGUUUAAUAAUCAGAGAUGUUAGUUAUUUAUAUGAAAAGUUCUUGACCACUGAAUACCGUAUGCGUAUGAAGUUAAUAGAUGAGACUGAAUGUAGGUAGUUUUUCUGGAUUUUCGUUCGAGUUUGUUGUGAGAAGAUGCACGGACUGAAAUAGGUCAAUGGAAGAAAAACUCGUCUGACCUGUUGAACCUCCAUGGAGACCAUGCUUAUUUCUUUACUAUUAAUAUACAAAAUAUGGGAUUUAUUUUCUUUACAAGGUGAUUAAGAGUAGUUUUGGUCACCACAAAAGGCCACAUAAUGGUGUUUAUGCUUGAUGAAAGUGUUUGUGUCUUCACCACAGGAGUUCUGGAAGACCACUUAGAAAAGUGACCUUGUUUGUUUGAGGUACUGAACUUGUUAUUUCUCUGCUGGUUGCCUUGGAGAAACAAGGAUAUCUUCAUUUUCUAGUUUAAUGAUUGUUUGCACAGCAUACUUUGGUAUGCCGAUCCUAUUUUUAUACUCACUUGAACAUAUUUUUGUGUUUGUACUUGAACAUAGUUAUUACAGAGCAGCUAUGCUGGUUGUUGGAUUGUUAGCUGUUAGCCACAUAAGCUAUAUGAUGUGAGCGGUGAUGUAUCAUUCAAGUUCUCCACUUACUCAAGAAUCUUGCACUUGGGAGUUUUUGUGUGUUUUAGAAUGAAAUGCAAGUCGUCUCUAAGUUUUUAACUAGUUUUAUUGUAUGUUUUUAUUUCUUUUGUUUCUUCGAGGACUUGUGCGUCUGGCUGCUUGCAUUAUUGUAACUUGACGAAAGAUUUGUUCCAAGUCCAGAAACUUGCUUGCUAUAAAAAGAUAACAUUAUAU